UGGAGUCAAGAAUUUGAGCCGAGUUAAUGCUCCUUUACUCUUGCGUUUGCUUGUCAUUGCGUAUAUAUGCCAUGAUGUCGGAUAAUGCCUGCCCUCAUUCAGCAUUGAGCCGUCCACUCAACUACCCGAUAUGGCUAGACCAGUCCCUCGACUACAAGUCUUCGGCGGCGACCAUCGCUCUAGCGCCUGGCAUGGCCUUGCAAAGUUGUUGAUGCAUGACAAGUAUGAGCGGGUUGAGGCGAUUCGUCGGAGCAGACGUGAAAGGGCGAAACGAGCCAGAGACGACGCUGCAGCUGCUGAAGCAAAUGCUAUCAAUGGCGACGCAACUGAUCAACCUGCAGCAAAUGCCUCUGGCUCCGAGGGAAAUGAUCAAACAGGUGAUGCGCAGAAUCCUCCGAAAGAUGACGCGCCCCCUGAACCCGGAGUGGGAGACGAGCACCAGGCAGACGCAGGUGACGGCGAAGGUGCCGAAUAUCCAGACAGGGUGGGAAAUCCUGAUCCUGAGGCAAGUGGAACAGGUGAGGACCAUGAGGGCAUUGAUAUUACAGCCGACAAUCAACCUGAACAGGUCCAGAGGCAGACAGCCGGAGCGGAAGCCCAAGGAAGUGAGCACCAAGCCCAUCAAGCCGACGAGCUCAAUACACCCACCACAGGUCGUCGUUCUGUGCCAGUCCAUACGGCCGCCUCUCCAGCACCUUCCAACCUUCCCCCAGCAGCAUCUCUGAGCGGAUCACCAACUCUCGUCCAGCCACCAACAGUCGCCACUCAAAGUCCAGCGCCGUCUCUACGUAGCCUCUCCUCGCGAAGAUCUACUCGAGCAGCUUCUCACGGGUCAUCGCGCACGGCGCCUAGAGCAGCUUCUCGAGCACCAUCCCGACUACAAUCUCGACCCACACCCUGUGCAAUUCCACGACCAUCUCCACGAACGACAUCUCGUCAACCAAAACCUCAGAGCAUCCCCCGGCCUGAUCCUCCGCCUACACCUCCACCAACUCCGCCACCAAGUCCUCCACCGCCACCAUCUCCUCCUCCCCCUUCUCCCAAAGCAACGAACCGACCUGCCUGCCCUCCAGCACCUUUGCCAUUGCAGUCAGGACCUCUUGUCCAGACACCAUCACCACUAUCGGGCGCACAUGCAAAUACGAAUGCCAACCUUGCUGCACAGUACAGGGUAGCGCAUUACACAUACCAACACCACCAACAACCGGCGUAUCAGUGUCUGCAAUUCCACCAGUCGUCGCACGGUACGCAGCAUCAUACAUAUCUUGACCAACAGGAUUACGAGGACCAACAGAACAACAUCUACAGACGGCAGACUCAUGCGUACAUUCAUACGCAGUACGUGCCUUACAUGCAGCAGGCCACUCCGCAUGUUUGUGCAUAUUACGUCCAGGCUUGAAAGCGAAUACACGGUCAUCUUACAUAGAUAGCAUCAUGAACACGAAUGGCAUCAAACACUUAAUGUUCAAGUUUCAACUUCAAUGUCCAUAUUGG